UUGAUCUGAUUGUUUGCUUUUUUUCUAAGCUCCAUCUUUGAUUUUCUGAUUUCCUAUACAGCCAACAAUGGAUACUGAAGCCUAAUGAAUAUAUUGUAAAUGAAUGUAGCCAUUUUAGCACAUAUUAAUAUUGUCUUAUGUAAAUUUUAUGUGCAUUUUUAUUAUUAUUAUUUCAGAAUAUCAUUGUUUUGUGUGAUUUGAAGGAAUAUCCAUAACUUGAUGGAUAACAUGUCUUAUCCUAUGAUACUGACUCUUAUGGUGCCCAAAGAAUCUAAAUCAUAUAGGCAUAUAUAUUUCACUUGUUUUCUUUUCCUUUAUCUGCUUAUAUUGUCAAUUAAUAUACGUCUUGUUAUGAUCAUUAUCAUGACAAAAACACUUCAUGAACCGAUGUACAUAUUCUUGUCGCAUCUGUGUAUUAAUGGGGUUUAUGGAGCCUCGGGAUUCUAUCCUAAAUUUCUGUCUAAUUUAAUAUUGGAUUCAUAUGUGAUCUCCUCUCACAUGUGUGCUCUGCAGACCUUUGUUAUUUACAGCUCUUUACUGUGUGAAUUUACAAUAUUAACAGUGAUGUCAUAUGAUAGAUAUGUAGCCAUAUGCAAACCUUUAGACUAUCAUUCCAAAUUAACUAAAUUCACCUGUUUGAAAUUAAUUCUGUUUUCAUGGAUUGUUCCCAACAUCUCUGUGAUUCCAGCAGUCCUGUUAGCAAACCUGAGACCAUUUUGUAAAAAUCACAUUGACAAGUUCUAUUGUGACAACUGGUCAAUUGUAAAACUGUCUUGUGCAUCAUCUUUUGUGAAUAAUGUCUAUGGAUAUAUUGUUGCUGUUAUAUUUUUGAGCUGUGCAGUUAUUAUUAUAGUGUCCUAUGUUAAGCUGAUCUUUGCAUGUAAAGCAUCUUUAGAAAGCAGAAAGAAAUUCUGGCAAACGUGUCUGCCACAUAUAUUAUCACUGAUAAAUUUCACGCUUGCUUUGCUUUUUGAUGUUACGUUUAGCAGAUACGGAUCAAAUGACAUUCCAGAGAAUCUGCGAAAUUUUUUGGCUUUAGAAUUAAUUAUAGUCCCACCUGUUUUUAAUCCUGUAAUCUAUGGAUUAAAUAUUACUGCAGUACGUAAACAAGUUUUUACUUCAUGUGUUGCAGCAAGAGUUAAGGUUUCAGGAGCUAGAAAAAAGGGGUAAAAUUAGUAAACAAAUAUUUGCUAUAUCUAUUUUAUAAAAGUGAUCAUACAUAUGCAUAUACACAGAGUCCUGUUUGUUAUGCUGUUUCUUUAAUUUAUCAGUAAGUGUACUAAGUAUUAAGUCUUAUUUAGCGCUACAUAUUCUGGGACUCAGCAUAUGAUCAAUGUGAAAAAUUGUAUCUAAUGAAAUCCAGGCCUUUUCUGUUAUAAGAGGGAGUAAGAAAUACAUUUUACAUCUUUUUUUGUUAUUGUUCAAAGUUGAAUAAAAGUUGAGCUUCCCAAUGAACC